AUGGCCAUCCAACUGUUGAGAUUGGUCUUUCCCUCUUUCGCGGCCACCGCUAUUGUUUAUAUAAUCGGAGUGGCGAUCUACAGACUCUACUUCCACCCUCUAGCCAAAUAUCCUGGCCCGUUCUGGGCCAAGUUGACGGAAUGGCACGAGGCAAGAUCUUCCUGGCGAGGCCGAAGACACCUCGAUAUUCAUGCUAUGCAUGAGAAAUAUGGUGACGUUGUACGAUAUGCACCUAAUUCACUCGCAUUCCGGACUCCUGGUGCCGUACACGAUAUCUACACCGAUCGCAAAGCCAACAUCAUCAAGACCGGCUGGACCGAGACGUCGUGCAUAAUCAGCCCUUCACUCACCACUCAAAUCAUGUCGGAUCGCAAUCUCCAUGCUGCUCGGAGGAAGCUGUUGAAUCAGGCAUUCUCCGCCAGUGCGUUGAAAUCCCUGGAGAAGUACGUCCUGCAAACUGUUCGUACUUGGUGCGACUACCUACAAGAACCCCCUGCGACCGAGGCUGCUGCAAAUGGCGGAGAAAAGGCCACUGGAGGUUGGAGCGGAGAAAGAGACAUGGCGACUUGGGCGACGCUGCUGACUCUCGAUACUCUUGGAGAGCUCUGCUUCGGUGCUAGCUUCGGCGCCAUAAAACAAGGGCACAGUUACAUCUCGGAAUUGCUGAUGGGCAGCUCGACUAUGAUCCUGGUGCUAUCUACACUCCCCAUCCGUGAAUAUCUCUAUCCCAUCUUCAAAUGGCCAUCCCUGGCUAAACUGAUAGGCGGCGAGACCACGAGAAAGAGAAUCCGAUACCGCCAAGAGAUGGCCCAGCUCGUCACGAAGCGAAAUGCCGUUGAACAGGCCAACGCCGAGAAGCCUGCCGAGGAGCAGAGGAAAGACUUCUUCCACUUUCUGCUGAACGCCGAGGACCCAGAAACAGGCCACAAGUUCCUACCCGCGGAUCUCGUAGGUGAAGCGGCCUUGCUCGUCGGCGCCGGCAGCGACACCUCCGCCACAACAAUCGCGGCGUUAUUAUUCUACAUGAUGCACAACGAGCGAGUGUACAAGAAACUGCAGCAGGAGAUCCGCUCUGCGUUUGACGACGUGGAGGAAAUCCAAUACACGGCCAAGUUAGCUGGACUUCCAUAUCUGCGCGCCUGCAUCGACGAAACGUUACGCGUGUGUCCACCCGUUCCGGGGAUUCUGGCUCGGCGCAUCUUGCCAGGAGGGGCCACCAUCGAAAAAACAGCAUACCCAGCGGGCAUCGUCGUCGGCAUCAGCGCCUACGCCCUCCACCACAACGAGAACCUAUUCCAGAAGCCAUACUCAUAUAUCCCCGAGCGAUGGAUCGUGGGCUCCAGCGACAAUGAGCCGUCCCUCCCCAUCACAGUCACCCAGGAGACCGUGAACCUCGCCAAGGAAUCUUUUUGGGCUUUCUCAUCUGGUCCGAGAGUCUGUGUGGGCAAAAAUAUGGCUUAUAUGGAGUUGUCUAUUGCUCUUGCAAGGAUGAUUUGGCUGUUCGAUAUGCGGACUUCGGGAGAGGAGAGAAGUGGCAGAGGUGGCCCGGGCAUGGGCCAAGGUAGAGGGCGGGAGGACGAAUAUCAGUUGUUCGAUCACUUUGUUGCUGACCGAUCAGGCCCGGUAUUGCAAUUUACGAGGAGGGAGGUGAAUUUGCUUUGA